GUUCUUCUACUAUUCUAUUGAUUAUACUUUUUUUUUAUCGUUUAUAUUACUAUUAAAGCACACUUUAAUAUUGAAUCCAGUUAUUUGUGUUUACUCUUACAUUUGUUUUUUUUUGUUUAGUUUGAAUUCUUUAUCAUCAUAUUUUUACAUUCAUUCUACCAGUUUCUCUGUACUUUACAAUGUCUUCCCCCUUCGAAAACAAUAGCAAUAACAAUAACAACAACAAUGUCUUUAGCUUUUCUUCACCUCAAGGUAUUCUACGUGAUCAUUUACGUAACUCUUUACUCGCCUAUCAGUCUCGAACUAUGCUUGGUCGAAACCGAUCUACUGGAAUCUUUGGACGACCUCGAUCUCGCCCUCGACCAAAAGACGUCAUGUCUUUACUGGAAACCUAUACUCAUGGUCCACCAUUUUACCCUUCUUAUUUGAACGACACUAUUUAUGCUCUAUUAGUGGAACAACAAUAUAACCAUUAUCGACAAAAGUAUGAUACUGUCAAUGCAAAAGCACCCAACCAUACAAAAAAUAACAGGAUACCAAUUAAAUCAAGUUCAGCAACAAACAGCAGUUUAUCUCAUACCACUACAAUGACUAAUUUACGACAGAAUCCAUCUACUUCAUUAUUAUCGUCUGCAGAUAUCGAUGAACCUGUUGAUAAGAUCAGAACAACGUAUGACUCAAGUUUAGCCAACGACAAGAAUCUAUCAGCGGAUCGCAACAAUCCUAUAUCACCUAAUUCCUUGGAGACUGGAUCUUGGAGGCGUGAUUCUUUCUUGAAUAGACUGGAGAUGCAAGAUCUUCGUUUACCCACUGCUUGGAGUUCGGCUGAUCGAGGGGAUUUUUUGGAUCUUGGUCAAGAUGACAUGGAAGUCAGUUACAAAGGAACUGGAAAAGAAGAAACUGAAACAUCUUCUGUACGAAGUAAUUACUCUGCCAAACCUCAAUGUGGAUUGUUUUAUUUUGAGGUACAAAUCUUAGCCGGUGACGAAGAUUCAGAUGGUCAUGUUGUUGUAGGAUUCUGUGGUGAAUAUAGUCGAUUGGAUCGUUUACCUGGCACGGAUGGGCAUUCAUGGGGAUAUCACGGUGAAAAUGGAUACUUAUAUGGAGGACCUACAGCAUCAACAAACAUACAUGGACAACAUCAUUCUACAAGCAGCAACACCAAAUACGGACCUUCUUUUGGCAUUGGCGAUACCAUUGGAUGCGGCAUUGAUUUUCGUGACAAUACAGCAUUUUACACCAGGAAUGGGGUACAUCUCGGCACGGCCUUUCGGGAUAUCAAGGGGAAGCUAUUCUAUCCUAUGAUUGGAUUCAAGACUCCAGGGGACAAAGUUAUUGCCAAUUUCGGACAGCUGCCUUGUUUUGCAUUCGACAUACAUCAAUACAGAAAGGAUGAAGCCAACCGUAUGUUACAACAAGUUUUAUCAUCAUCCUCAUUACCAUAUUCAAAUGAUACAGUAUCAAGUCAACAAGAAGAAGAGCCAGUGCUCAAGAAAAGAAUCACAUUGAUGGAUCAAUUGGUAGUGGAUUAUCUCAAUCAUGGAGGCUACAUUGAUACGUUUUUGACCAUGAAGAAAGAAAUGAAGAAGGAAAUCGAUACUCAAACAGAGCAAGAAGAAUAUAGUAGGGCAAAAAUACGACAUGAUAUUUGUAUGGCUCUGCGGCAUGGAGAAAUUGACAAAGUAUUCAGUCAAUGUCAACAACACUAUCCCAAAAUGUUAGAUCAUUAUCCAAAACUUUUAUUUCGGCUACGAUGUCAAAAGUUUAUUACCAUGGUAGAGUCUGUGAAUUCACAGCAACAACAACGCAAGUCACCGACGUCACAUACUGGCGACAAACGACGACGAAGUAUAGCAGAAAUAGAAGAGGACGACGAUGAUGACGAUUUAAUGUACCAUUGGCGCGAUUUACAAACAGUAAUGGACUUUGGACAAUUUUUACAAGAAAUCUAUGGAGCAACCAAUAAGGAUGUGACAUCAAAUAGGAUGAAGGAUAUGGAAGAUGAUGACAAGAAAGAAGAUGUCAUGAUGGAUCUGACAGGAAUCGAUGUGAAAUAUGAAUUGACAGCGACCUUUUCUAUUUUGGCAUAUAUUAACACAAGUGACUAUCCAAAUGCAUAUUUAAGUGGACCUAGAUGGAGAGACAAUAUUGCUUCAGACUUGAAUGCUGCCAUGCUUGCCACCGAAGGGGAUCAUCCGAUGUCAUCUUUAGAAACAUUAUAUCGACAAACCAAUGUAGCUAUUCAUGAACUUGUAUUGAAUGGUGAUGGUCAAGCGUCAUUAUUACCUUCUUUGGAUAAUAUACUAUAGUUUAUUUGAUUUUAUUUAAUUUUUUAUUUUGGAUAUUUGUUUAUGAUGAUUUGUAUGAUCUCCUUCAUUUUGAAAAUAAAAAAAAAAAUACACCAUUUUGAAAUCAAC